AUGCAUUCGACGGGUGACAGCGCCAAGGAACGACCUAUGCACGCGCGCUAUUUGGAUUGUGCGGGUAUGUACAUUUCAAGAGUGUACGCAUUCCUUACCUUGUGGGUGUUUGAACGGCUUGGUUGCUUGUGUUACAGGGCCCGUACGUCGCCCAUCGCCCUCGCCGUCGCCCUCGCCCUAGGCGUGCUACUAGUCGGGCGUCUUCCAACCGCUGCAGCGCAGGGGGCCUCGGAGGCGGCGCCGGAGGCCGAGGAGCUGGACUACGAGAACCCGGAGCCCAACGGCUUCGUGUACGACGGCAACGGCGACGGCGGCGACGGCGACGGCGGCGGCGGCGACUACCAGGAGGGCGGUAGGUGGCGCGACGCACGCGGCGGGGGGCGCGGGGCGGCCGAGAGCGGCGCGGAUUGGCUCGCCACGUGGCCCGACUCGGCUUAG